CUGUUCGGUAACUUGGAAACAAGUAAAAGAGAGAAGGUGACCCCCACAAGGCCACAAGGAGGAGAAAAAAAACCAAGAAAGAAGCCUGCCUGCAUUCACAGUAUUUUUCCAUGUUUAAAAACCUUUCGGGUUUCGUAUUUUUCCAUGUUUAAAAACCUUUCGGGUUUCUACCAAGGUGGUCUCGACACAUGCCAUUCAUGAUAAGUUCUUGUUAUUUUUAAAAAAUAUUUGUGUUUUGUUUUUAGUCGUUGUUUCUUGAAAUCCCAACUGUUGUUGUCUCCGGCUCUGUUUUUCUCUGUUGUUCCCUACUCUGUUUUCUUUUUUCUUUCUUUUUUUUUUUGUGUUUUUCCGCCGAUCUCUGGUUUUUUUGUGACGAUGAUGGCCACCGUUAGAUUCUCUGAUUCCUACGAAUUAAGCAACACAAGCGGCAACAGCUUCUUCGCCGCCGAGUCAUCUAUUGAUUAUCCGACGGAGUUUCUCACGUCAUCGGAGGUUGCUGCGCUUCAGCUUCUCUCCAACUGUCUCGAGUCUGUUUUUGACUCCCCGGAGACUUUUUACACUGACGCUAAGCUCGUCCUCUCCGGCGGCCGGGAAGUUUCUUUCCACCGUUGUAUUCUUUCGGCGAGAGUUCCCGUCUUCAAGAGCGCGCUAGCCACCGCAGCUGCCGCCAAGAACCAAAAGUCCUCCGCCGUAGUGAAGAUCGAGCUCAAGGAGAUCGCCAGGGAUUACGAAGUCGGCUUUGACUCCGUGAUGGCUGUUUUGGCGUACGUCUACAGCGGCAGAGUGAGGCCGCCGCGGAGAGGAGCCUUUGAAUGCGUAGACGCCGACUGUUGCCACGUGGCUUGCCGGCCGGCCGUGGAUUUCAUGGUCGAGGUUCUCUAUUUGGCUUUCGUUUUCCAGAUUCCGGAGCUAAUGAAUCUGUAUGAGAGGCAAUUAUUGGAUAUCGUAGACAAAAUUGUAUUAGAAGACAUCUUGGUCAUAUUCGAGCUGGAUACUCUUUGUGGUAAAGCUUACAAGAAGCUUCUUGAUAGAUGCAUAAAGAUUAUUGCCAAGUCUGAUAUGGAACUAGUUAGUCUUGAGAAGUCUUUGCCGGAACACAUUUUCAAGCAAAUCACUUACAUCCGUAAAGAGCUUGGCUUAGAGCCACCUGAGCUAAAAAAACAUGUCAAGAAUAUAUUCAAGGCACUCGACUCGGAUGAUGUUGAGCUUGUCAAGAUGCUUUUGACAGAGGGACACACUAAUCUCGAUGAGGCGUAUGCUCUUCAUUUUGCUGUGGCUCACUGCGAUGUGAAGACCGCUUAUGAUCUCAUCAACCUAGAGCUUGCGGAUGUUAACCAUAGAAAUCCAAGAGGGUACACUGUUCUCCAUGCUGCUGCCAUACGGAAGGAGCCAAAGCUGAUAGUAUCUCUGUUGACAAAAGGGGCAAAUGCAUUAGAUACGACGUUGGAUGGUAGAACCGCUCUCGUGAUUGCAAAACGACUCAUUAAAGCGGAUGACUACAAUACUAAUACAGAGCAAGGCAAACCUUCUCUGAAAGGUGGAUUAUGCAUAGAGGUACUUCACCAUGCACAAAAACUAGAAUAUCAGUUUCCUAGAGAGGCAUCAAUUUCUCUUCCAGUGACUCCCGAGGAACUGAAGAUGAGGUUGCUCUAUUAUGAGAAUCGAGUUGCAUUGGCUCGAAUUCUCUUUCCAGUGGAAGCUCAAGUUGUAAUGGAUAUCGUCAAAUUGGACGAAACAUGCGAGUUUACAGCUUCUAGUCUCGAGCAUGAUCCAAAGCGGACAUCACUGGACCUAAACAUGGCACCGUUCCUAAUCCAAGAGAAGCAUUUGGCUAGACUAAAAGCGCUUUGUGACACCGUGGAACUGGGAAGUCGCUACUUCCCACGCUGUUCACUCGAUCACUUUAUGGAUACGGAUGACUUGAACUAUCUAGCUAGCGUAGAAGAAGACACUCCUGAGAAACGGCAACAGAAGAAGCAAAGGUACAUUGAACUACAAGAGACUUUGAUGAAGACCUUUAGUGAGGAUAAGGAGGAACUUGGAAAGUCUUCCACAUCGAAACCAACCACUGCCACUGCGAUGAGGUCUAAUAGUAAACUCUCUCACAGACGCCUAAGGGUGGACAGACGAGAUUUUGUGAAACGAACUUGCCGGAACACAGGGAUUCGGGAAUGAAAAAGCAUGUCCCAUUUUCACUUCCCCAACUAAAAAUGAUGUCUCGUAUGUUUUGAAACGGGAUGAGAUUUUUGUUGUUGUACCACACGUACAUAUGUCUGUUUUUUUUUUACUAUAUCUCUCUCUCAUCCUCUGUGGUAUAGCUUUGUUCUUUACUUUGCAUCUUGUAAUACUGUAACCAAUGAUAUAUGGUUUGAUCAGCUUGUUCAUUUCGUUUCCUCUA